AAUUGAGUAAAUGUUUUUUCCUUAUAAGUUAAUCCAAAUGCGCGACAAAUUAAUGAAAUUAUUAUUCGAUUUUUCAACGUUCUCACGUUCUUUAGGACUUGGUGAAAGACGUCAUCACUCGUUAGGGUUGUCGCAGAGCUAGCACAUGUUAAUAUAUUUUAUUUCAUUGUAAUGAGUUCACCGUACCCGACAAACAGUUUAGAAUAAAAUCUUUACGAACGGAAACCCGAGUGUAGCAGCAUCCUCGCCACCGGUGGCGCUAGUGCGCCUGAUAUGAAGACAAAGUCAGACGAAGAAGAAGCUGUGACUUCACUCUCGAGGAACUCUGCCGCGGUCAUGGGUACCACUCCCACUCCCGCCUCCAUCUGCCCAUAAGGUUUAGCUUCAGCAGCAUCGUGGCUCGUGUGUGAGCAUGUUCCUGUCAGCCCACCAUGACCUCACAUCCUUCAGCGCAGCGGCCGACCUCUUCACUGCAUCUCCUCUUCCUCCUCUUGCUGCUUGUCAUCGCAGCGGGAGCCACUUCGGUGGGCAAAGGUGGUCUGCCGCCUGAGACGGAUGACACGUUAAGUAAGAACCAGUCUCAUCCUGGUGGUGAUGGAGUGAGUCAGUCCACCAACGGAACUGCAUCUAGCAGUUUUUCAGAGCUCGAACAAAAAGUUGUGGUGGAACCGUCUCCCUCCCCAAAUGCAACGGCACCCAACAUGACUGCAUCAUCAACGGUGAACUCCGCAGAUGUACCUUCAGCGAUGAAUGUCACGACUGCAGACAAAGCCACCACGGCUUUUACAAAUGCCACCACACAUGUGGUAGCUUCAGCGCUAACCCCGACUGAAGCCAAAAACCAAACAACCUCUGCUGAAACCACCACUGAACCUGCUACGACAGAUGCCACCACGACACCUGCAACGACAGAUGCCACGACAGAUGCCACCACGACAUCUGCUACCACAGAUUCCACCACGACAGCUCCUACAAAUAAUGCCACCAAAAUGGCCCCAACAAAUGGCAGCACCACUGCAUCUCCAACCACAGCUUCCAUCAUCGGCGUUCCUACCACAGCAUCCACCACCACAGCGGCAACAACAGUGACCACCACCCCAAUCCUGGCCGCCACCACCACACCAGCAGCCGAGCCCACCGCUGCUGCCACAUUACCAUCCGCGGGUUCUUCACUGGCGGCGUCUACUGUGUCAGACAGGAAGGUACAGCAGCCCGUCACUACGGUAACAGGUGUGUUGGAAGAGGCUGGGUUGGCUUUGACCAGGAAGGUUGGGGACACGGCCUCCCUCCUGACAGUCCUGCUGUUCGGGCUGCUCUUCUUUGUGGUCACUGUGGGGGUGUUCGCCUCUCAGGCCUACGAGAGCUACAAGAGGAAGGACUACACUCAGGUGGACUACCUGAUCAACGGCAUGUACGCCGACUCUGGAGUGUGACUGGGCACGACUUGUCGCCAUCCAAUAAUUGUAACCAUUCCAGUUUUGUUUACACCAGCGUGAGCUUUAAGUUCUUUGAUCAAACAUCCACGACGUUAUUCAGAUGAAGCACAUGGAGGAGGGAAUUUUACCUUUGAAAACUAACAGAAAAGAGGAAAAAUUUGAAUUUACAAACAAAUGAGGACAAAAUGAAGCAGCAGAAAUUAUUCAUCACUGGAUUCCGCCCAGAAGUUACCAAUUUCGUGACAUUUGAGAAGGACAUAAGCAAUGGAUAAAGCUCUUUGAUAUGAGGAUCAUUUUUCUGUUUAUUUUUAAAUCAAAAUUAAAAGAAAACACAAAUCCAGUUGGGAAUGAUUCCAAAUUGAAACCUCACAAAGCUCCUAUGGGCCACAUGCACCACUAAAAUGAAAUAAAAUCCUUAAAAAGGCUUCACUUUGAAACCUGUCAAAAUACAUUAUUAAGAAGCACAUUGAUGGGGAAAACAAUCACCUGAAAAUUCCAAUACAAAACUUCUAUCGGGAUCUUUUGUGUAGAGAUUAACAAAGUUGCUGUAGUUCUAUGAACUUUGACCUGACGUGGACUGUUUCGCACCUCAUCCAGGUCUGUAUUAUUCAAGCCACCUCUGAAGCCUUUCAGUAUCUUCAUCAGUUCCAAGACAUUUCAGUCUGUACAUUUCUGCUCGUGUUUUUUUUUUUUUUUUCAGUUGCACAGAAUCCGCUCACCUGAAAUGCCCCCUGCUGUGUCAUGUUGGUUUCUGUGUUCUGUAAACAGUGCAGGGGAUGGUUCAACUCCAGUGAUGCUACACCACUGAGCAGUGUCACCGUGUUUCUACUGCUCAGAUAUGCUUCACUGAAGCCAAAUAUAGAACCUGCUGCGGUCCAGCUGGUCCCGUCAGCAGCCGCUUCCCCUUCACUCUCUGGACCUUCUUCACACGAGGAACCCGGCCACAGUUCAGUCUAGACUCUUCCAGUCUUUGCACAGGUCUUACAGUAGAUUUCCAGAGGAACAUAUCACUUCAUGAUCCAACUCACAGGCUGAACCUGAAUGUGUUUUCUUCGUGCUAGCCGAUUAAAAACUUGCCAAAUGUUUACUGAUGCACUUUUAAACAACAUGUAUUAGUGGUUGUAUUUCAAGCCAAGAGGAAGACAAAGCCAUUCUUAACGACUGAUGACACGAGUUAUACCUAAUGUCUUUUCUUGAGUUUUUGUAAUGUUUUUGGACUAGUUUUGUUUCUAACUCACGGUUCCAUUAAAGGGUUUAAGGUGACGGGGUGCUGGUCCUUUUUCCAGGUGUGGUGAGUCCUGAGUUACGAAACAUUGCAGUGAAAAAUAAAAGGCAAGAAAACAUGU